GCCGGUAAUAAUAACUCUAUAAAAGAAACAUAGAAAACCACAUUUCCAUAAUGUACAAAAGUUUCAAGCAGAAGAGAUACAGAAAGCAGACAUGGAGAGCAAACCAUGUUUCGUCUACUUUUUGUGUCUCAUCAUCAUUUCUUUAUCCACCAAUUUUCCAGAGGUUGUUGAUGGUGCAAGGAGACACAAGCAUGCGCCUACAAAGUUGUUUGUUUUCGGAGAUUCAUAUGUAGACACGGGGAACUGGCCGCGACGUGACUGCAGCUCUUGGAAGGACCCAUAUGGCAUCACCUUCCCCGGCGAACCCACCGGAAGAUUCUCCGACGGUCGUGUUCUCACUGAUUACAUAGCCUCGUAUUUGGGAAUAAGAUCUCCACUGCCAUAUAGAUGGAGGGAAUUUGGUGGGAAAAUAGUAGGAGAUGGUAUGAAUUUUGCUUAUGGAGGGACAGGUGUCUUCAGCACAUUGGUGAGCAAGCCAAACAUGACGACACAAAUAAAUUUCUUCCAACAAAUGGUUGAAGAAAAUGUGUAUACCAAACGAGACCUACGUUCUUCCAUUGCUCUCGUCUCCGUCGCCGGAAAUGACUACGCCACCGUCGCCAAAAACGGAAACAUACAGGAUAUUGAAGCUUUCACAGAGAAGAUCAUUCAACAGCUUACCUUAGACCUUAGACGCCUACAUGGUUUGGGAGUUGGUAAAGUGGGUGUUACGGCGAUCGAACCCUUGGGAUGUUUGCCUCAAUUCACUGCCUCAACCUCGUACCAAAACUGCAGUGAAGUUGAGAAUUCUCUUUCCAGGUUUCACAAUCAAAUGUUGAAACAAAGUAUAGACAAGCUCAACAAUGAAACUGCGGCGGGUCAGCCUUUCGUGGUUCUUGAUCUUUACACCGCUUUCAUGUCAGCUUUGAACAUACACGAAAACCAUCCAGGAAUUUCAAGUUUUGAGAAUCCAUUGACGCCAUGCUGUGUGGGCAAAAGCAAUCAAUUCGGUUGCGGGGGUGUUGACAAGAAUGGAAGGAAAGAUUAUGUGUUGUGUGAUGAUGCAAAGCAGUCUUUCUUCUGGGAUGUCAUUCAUCCUUCCCAACAAGGCUGGUUUAGUGUACACUUAGCUUUGAAAUCUUCUCUCCAUAAACUUAUUGUGUAAACCAUGCAUGCAUGCAUGCAUGACGUCUUAGUUUAAUUUCCUUUCAAAACUAUAUAUAUGCAUGUACUGUUUGUUUGUAUACAAUAUGAAGGACAUUCUUAGGUGGUAAUAUAUA